ACCGUGGCGAAAAGCAUUGCAGUCUGUACUUUUUCUUUGAACUUCAAGAUGGUUGAUGCAGCGACUAGGAAGACACUGAGCAGUAUCCCACUACUCAAAACAAAGGCAGGACCGAGAGAUAAAGAUCUUUGGGCAACAAGACUGAAGGAAGAAUACCAGUCAUUAAUUCAGUACGUUAACAACAACAAGGAAUCGGACAAUGAUUGGUUCCGACUUGAAUCCAACAAAGAUGGGACCCGGUGGUUUGGCAAAUGUUGGCACAUCCACGAACUCCUCAAAUAUGAAUUUGAUAUUGAGUUUGAUAUUCCUGUGACAUAUCCUCAAACGGCUCCAGAAAUCGCCAUUCCGGAGUUGGAUGGUAAAACAGCCAAGAUGUACAGAGGUGGGAAGAUCUGUCUGACAGAUCACUUUAAACCUCUCUGGGCUAAAAAUGUCCCAAAGUUUGGGAUUGGCCACGCUAUGGCAUUAGGGCUGGGACCUUGGCUGGCUGUUGAAAUUCCAGACCUCAUCAGUAAAGGACUUAUAUCAUACAAAGAGAAAGAUGAGAAUGGUGCCGGUAAAUGAUAAUAGUGCUGUAUGACAUAUAUUAUGAAGGCAAGAUUCCAGACCCAGAGUAAGUUUGGGGAAUGUGACUAGGGCUGCAUCCGAAUCUCUUGUCUAGAGCUAGGUCUAGGUCUUCGCUCCAAUGGAAAUGCGUGGAAACACGUAGACGA